UUUCUCUUUCUCUUACAGAACGACAACGCUCUUCGAUUCGAUUCUCAUCACUUUCACAAAGCAAAAACCCUAAAAUUUCACAAUCUUCAAAUCAAACCCUACAAUGUCUUCAUCAGAGGUAGUUAUCCACACAUUCUCUCAAACCCAAUCAGAAACCAAACCUUCCACCGCCGUAACAACCACCGUCGCCACCACCUCUUCCGAUCCCAACACCAAACUCACCGUCCGAAGACCUGCCUCUCGAUCCACCAAAGACCGUCACACCAAAGUUAACGGCCGUGGCCGCCGUGUCCGUAUGCCGCCACUCUGCGCCGCUAGAAUCUUCCAGCUCACACGUGAGCUAGGUCACCGUUCCGACGGUGAAACAAUCGAGUGGCUUCUUCGUCAUGCUGAGCCGUCGAUCAUCGCCGCUACAGGUACCGGAACUGUCCCCGCCGGACCGGUUUCCACAUCUUCUCCGUUUACGUCUUCCUCGUUGCCGUCGGUUUCUUGUCAUGUUCAGCCUGCGACGACUGUUGGUCCCGGCGGUGGAGGGAUUUUCGGUAUGGCGUUGCCGAUGCAGCCGCCGAGCUGCCGUCUUGACCUGUCUCAGCCGGCAGGGAUGGAUUACGGCACGGCGAGUAGGUAUCAUCAUAUGCCGUUCACGACGCUGCUUUUGCAACCGACGACGACGGGGGAGGAGAAUCAGCAAGAAGACGAAGAAAGUCUUAACGAACAAUGACAUUGUUAUCGGAGGAAGAAGGCUGAAUAGAAUUCAUAUUUUAGGGUUUAUCUUUAUUUUUAUUUUUUUUCUCUCUCUUUCUUUACAAUAAUAUUAGUUUUUUGUGAUUUGUUAUCUGAUGGAAAGACUAGUGCGGAAGAGAUUAAUGUAAAUGAUGAUUAGAAACCUUAAUAUGAAAUUAGUAUGAUGAUUAUAUAUUUGUACUUUGAUUUGGACCCACCCAGCAUUGAUCGAUUAAUGAA